AUCUUUGAUUUCCCUAACUCGAUUCCACUCUUUUUCAAUUUCCUUUUCAGAUCUCUGCUUGGAAUCAUAGAGGAAGAAACGAACCAAAAAACAAAAUGUUGUGGAAUAGGUUCACCCCGUCAAAAUUUCGAGUCCAAAGCUCCUCACCUUCUCAAUCUUCUCCCCAUUCAUCGCCACAUUUGUGCCGUUCUGAAGAGCGUUCUGCAUUGCUUGAUUUCAAAAGCACUACGGAUUUGAUGGAUUACUCUCGUUGUAGUCCUAUAAUACAGACUUGGAACGAGAGUAAAGACUGCUGCUUGUGGGAGGGCAUCACAUGCGACAAGGUGAAAGGUCACGUGAUUGGCCUUGAUCUCAGCAGGAAUUGUAUUGAAGCCAAUCUAACUUCAAAUAGUAGUCUCUUCCGCCUUGAGAAAUUGCAGAACCUCCAAAACAACUGCCUUACCGGACCUAUUGAUCAUGUUGAGAUGCCCAAUCUCAUUUUAAAAAAAGUCUAUUUGUCCAAUAAUGAGAUAAGUGGUUCGAUUCCUAGCUUCUUCUUUGAUCUUGUGCAUCUUACUAGUGUCGACCUUUCUUCAAAUAACUUAACUGGCACCAUUACACCCGACAUGCUUUCAAAGCUUGUAGACCUUGAGGAGCUUGAUCUGUCCAAUAACAGUUUGCUGUCUUUGAGCAAUGAGGGCACUGCUGUUAACUAUUCCUUUCCGUACCUCAGAUCGAACUUACUACAAGGAUCACUUCCCAUUCUAUCAACAACUGUGGAUUCUAUGGAACAACUCCUCAUUUCGGGGAAUAAUUUGACUGGCGAAAUCCCUUCUUCUUAUUGUAAUUUUACUUAUCUUACAGCUCUAGUCUUAGCUAAUAAUAGGUUGGGAGGAAAAAUUCCAGAAUGUCUUGGAAACUUGAGUUAUCUCAACCUCUUGGAUCUGCAGAUGAAUAAGUUCCAUGGUCAGAUUCCAAAUUUAGUUGUCAACAACAGUUUCUUGUUAACUCUCAGCCUAAAUGGAAACCAGUUGGAAGGGAUAUUGCCACGUUCUUUGGUUAAUUGCAGUUACUUGGAAAUUCUAGAUGUGGGGAACAACAACUUGAAUGAUACCUUUCCACAUUGGUUAGGUGUUCUUCCAUCGUUAAAAGUUCUCAUCCUUCGAUCUAAUCGGUUUCAUGGUGCCAUCAGCAAUUCUAUGCUUGCAUUUUACUUCCCUCAGUUGAGAAUCAUUGAUAUUGCACAGAAUGAAUUUAUGGGUCUCCUACCAAGUAACUAUUUCAAAAUUUUGAAAGGUAUGAAAGAUGUAGCUCUAGUUGAUAAAGCCGAAUUGGAAUACAUUGAUGGCUAUAAUGGGCCUUUCAGAGAUGGACCGGACCAAGUUAUUAGUUAUAUUUAUAAGUAUUCUGUGAAGGUAGUAAUAAAAGGGUCAGAGAGGGAGCUCGAAAGGAUCUUGAAUAUUUUCACAAUAAUAGAUUUCUCGGGCAAUCAAUUUAAUGGAUCGAUUCCUGACGAGUUAGGAGAACUCAAUUCACUUUUACUGCUAAACUUAUCUCACAAUAGUCUCAAUGGUCAAAUCCCAUCAUCACUGGGGAAAUUAGCAGAACUCGAGUCAUUAGAUCUCUCAUCAAACAAGCUUAAAGGUAGGAUUCCAGAGCAAUUGACAAAGCUGACGUUCCUAUCAGUUUUGAAUCUUUCACACAAUGAACUUAAAUGCGAAGAACCAAGACCACCUUCACCACAAUUUGAUGAAGAAGAUGACUCUACAGCAGUCUUUGAGUGGAAGUUUGCAUUGGCAGGCUAUGGGUGUGGACUGGUGUUGGGACUUAGUCUGGGAUACAUCGCCUUCACUACAGGAAAACCAUGGUGGGUAGUGAAGAAAGUGGAGAAAUAUCAACAGAAAUUGGUUGGGAGUCUCGAAGCGGACGCAGCCGAGCGAUUUGGAAGAGGAUUAGGAGUGCCAGCCGAUCGACGGCCGAGACGGCCUCUGCUCUCUGGAGGCCCAUUCUCUAGCCAUCGCCAACUCCAGAUAGAGUAUACUUCAGAUUUCAGUGAUGGUUAUAAGGAACAAAUUCUCAGUUUUGGGACUGGACACCCAAAGGAAAGGCUCAGAGGAUCUGGGAAAUUCUUAUUGGAGAUUGCCAUAUCAGUUAUGGAUGUUAAAAUGCAUGGGUUGUGUGCUGAUGCUGCAAUCACUGGCAUAAUGACUCCUCCAUUAGUAGAACUCCAGAGUGGGCCAACUACCAACGAAAGUCAGGAGAAUAGCCUCAACAAUUUUGCAUUUGAUUUCUUUCCUAAUUGGUUCUAUUACAAUGUUAAGCCUAUUAUUGCAUAACUACAGAUUGUUGGAAGUUGAAAGGUAAUUCGUUUAUCAAAGAAUCUAAAACUGAGAUGAUGGUAGAAGAUGUUAAGAUCAUGCAGCUCUGAUCUUGUUUCUCUUUGUACUUCAGUAGCAUCAUAAUCACUUUGUUUAACAACUUCAAUUUACUAUUUUGUUAUGUAUACUCACCAAUGCUUUUGUAAUUAUGGGCUUUGAUUAACAAAUAGAGUCCUCAUCAUUAUGAGAUAUGGUUAAAGUGUAACAGAGAUAAGGAAAGUAGUUUAGGCAAGUCUUAUGUAUUUCUGUUGUAUUCCUACAUCCAAGGUCCUGUUAUGCAUUGUUUUGUAUUCGUUAUGGCCGCUGUUGCAUUUUGAAUUUUAUAUGCCAUUAGCAUAUCAGAUUAGUGAUUCUCCUUCUACUCUUCUGAACCCUUACAUUUGUUUAUUUCUAAAGCCUCUUGAAUGUCA